AUGGCCGGCACGAGAUCCUCUGCACGUAUAGCUGGCAACGCUACGUCUAGCCCUGCGAAGUCACAGGAUGACAAGACGCCUACGAAGACUGGAUCUAAGCGCAAGGCCAACGCCGACGCAUCACCGAAGGCUAAGCGCGGGAAGAAAGCUGCACCUCAGAAGGACCAGAAGACCAUCGAAGAGACCAUGCCAACUGGAGGGGGCGCGCCGGACGAUACUGAGAUGAAAGAGGCCGCCGACGUAGACGAAUCUGAAAACGGGAAGGCUGGUCAAGUCGAAGGUAAGGGCAUUGCUUCGCAGCGCCCUAGCUGCUGGUUCUGGGCCGACAGCCUGCUGAAACCCUCUGAAGCCUCAAAAGCAGACGAGACGGUCGAGAGCGCGCCUGAGACUAAGUCCGUUCAAGAGCCGGUGGGCAGCGGCAAUGGCAACGAGGAGUCGGACGAAAAGGCCGAUGGGAAGGCCGAUGAGAAGGAGUCGGCAGCGAAUGGGAAUGAUGAAGCGACAAAGCAGAGCGCCGGCAACCAACCAUUAAGCAACACCAACGGCGCUGUGGAGGAUGACCCAGAGCGCGAGAAGGUUGUACCGUCCAACAUCCUCGAGAAGGGCCUUAUAUAUUUCUUCACUCGAGGAAGGGUAGGCAUGGAGGAGCCUGAGGGUGUUGGUGAUCUGCAACGAACCUACUUCGUCCUCCGUCCUCUCCCGAAGGGUGCCAAGCUUGGCGAUGGUCCCAUCGAAGAUCUCAAGAACAAUCGGCUCUUUGCACUCCCAAAGAAGGUUUUCCCUAAGAGUCGGCAGGAUAGAUUCAUGGCUUUUGUUGAGAAGUCCAACACAACUAUCCAGGACCUCAAGGAGAACUUCUUUGCCGGCUCCGAGUACCAGACCAAGACUACCGGUACCCGCCAUACUCCUCCGGUCCUUCCAAUCGGCGAAGGGGUCUACGCAUUCACCCAGACGGAGCGGACCACACAUCUUGUUUACAUGCUCACCAUCCCUUCUGAGCCCGGCGAGGUCCAAGAAGAGAUUGGUUUACGUUCAAAGGCUAGCUUUGUCACCAGCAUCAAGAACCCCGAGCGACCUGGACCAGCAUACGCCCAACUCUCUGAAGGACCUGGCUUUCCCAAGGAAAUUCUAGAAGAAUUUCAUGGACUUGCCUGGGUCCCUGUUCAACCGAAGCUACUCGAUUAUGAGAACACUCAGAUCCUGCUUAUUGGUGAAGGGACCGACGGCGACGUAUCGAAGGCCCUAGAGCCUAGUCGCAAGGAUGCAAAGCACGGGGAUAAAGAAACCCCACAAGAGGAACUGGAGAAGCUCGAGCACGAGGACGAGCUUCGUGUGCAGCACUUGCACGGCGAUGAUUCUGUGUUUGAUGAUCUUCGCAUCAGUCAGGAGGAAUACUCGAAGGUUCUUACCACCUGGUAG